CACCUCAGUUUGUGUGACAGAAGAGGACCCUUACGUCACCAUGUACUGCCUUGGUUCGGUGUAUGAGGACAUGUCCGACAUUGUUCCACCAGAAGUCAGACCUAAACCUGCAGUCCCAGCCAAGCCCCCAAAUGUGGGAGCCGCAUCCCCGUCCAGUCCCUUCUCACCCCCAGUACCCCCAAGUGCUGUGAGCACAGGGCCUUUAGUCCCUCCUCCGAGUGCUAUUCCAGUGCUCAUUGGGAGUCAUGGGCCCAGCCACAGCAGCAGCCACAGUGCGUCCCACUCUAUAGGGCACAGCGCAGGCCAUGGGGCAGCUCACCCUCCAGCUCCCAAUGGGGGUCACAGCACCCACAGCUCCUCAGGGGGAUCCACUCUGCUGGGCUACAUCGGCAUUGACACCAUCAUCGAGCAAAUGAGGAAGAAGACCAUGAAGACUGGCUUUGACUUUAACAUCAUGGUUGUGGGUCACAGCGGACUGGGAAAGUCCACUCUGGUCAACACUCUGUUCAAGUCUCAGGUGAGCAGAAGGAGUGCAGGAUGGCCCCGUGAUGAGAAGAUUCCCAAAACUGUUGAGAUCAAAUCAGUGUCUCAUGUUAUUGAGGAGGGUGGUGUUAAGAUGAAGCUGACUGUUGUAGACACACCAGGCUUUGGAGACCAAAUAAAUAAUGAUAACUGCUGGGAUCCAAUAUCCAAGUAUAUUAAUGAGCAGUUUGAGAAGUUUUUAAAGGAGGAAGUGAACAUCACCAGAAAGAAACGUAUUCCUGACACUAGAGUGCACUGUUGCAUCUACUUUAUCUCACCAACUGGGCAUUCUCUCAGGCAGCUUGAUAUAGAGUUUAUGAAGCGCCUAAGUCACUCUGUUAACAUUAUUCCAGUAAUAGCAAAGGCUGACACAAUGACCAUUGAGGAG